AUGUUUGUUCAGGUAAUAUUGAGUCCUGCCGAGCGUCGUUCCUCAUGGCGACAAUCCAUUAUCUACCCAGGUGGCAUUGAUGGAAUGGAAAGACAACAAACCAAGACAUCCAUUGAAUCAUCCACCUAUCAAGCAACAGCAGAGAAAAUCCACAGGAUCCUGCCUGGUUGGCAUUCAUCUACGAAACCGAAAAAGAUUGUCAUGGUGACUGGAAGCACUGGCACAGAUCGCAUGUUAGGAAUACCGCACAUCAAGGACAUGAUCUAUGAGAACCGGAAAACAUAUGCUGAAAUCCACGGACUCGAGUUCAUGUGGGCGAACAUGACGAGUUACAAUUUACCCGACGGUUCUCCGAUCUACUGGAACAAGAUUCCCAUCUUGAAAGAAGCGUUCGUGCGCUUUCCCGAUGCCGAGUGGAUUUGGUGGAUGGACAUGGACAUUAUUAUCAUGAACACGUCACUCAGCAUCUACGAUCAUGUCCUUUCACCGAAAGGAAUGGCACGUAAUGUUCUCCUCAACGAAUCCAUCCAUACUGCUGGCGGUGGCGAUCUUGGCCAGAGUACCCCAUCGACAUACAAACACGAAGAUAUCAACUUCGUCAUCUCCAAAGAUGCUUGGGGUAUGGUCGUUGGGAACUUUCUUAUGCGCCGCGGCACAUGGAGCGAUUGGUUGCUGGAUUUGUGGAUCGAGCCCCUGUACAUUGCUCAAGGCUGGACAUUUCCUGAGAAUGAUGCAUGGACGCACAUGUGGAAGCACCACAAAAUAGUCCAGGAACACUCGGUCUGCAUGAAUCAGCGUUCUAUGAAUGCGUACCCGGAUUACAAUCUUCUUGGGGAACAUUGGACACAAGGUGACCAUAUAGUUCAUUUUGCGGGCUGUGGUGAUCACCCAAUUUGUGAAACAGAAUGGAAUAAGUAUUGGGACAUGCGUGAGAAACCUGAAGUGCCUGCCUCUGUUCAGAGCAAGCUGCGAGAUGGUACUGCUGAAAUCGAGGAUGUCCAGGGAGGAGUGGGACUUCCGGGUGAUUUCUGA